AUGUCUUCUUCUAAGGUCUCGAUGAUGUUUUUUCUUUCUUUGAUCACAAUUUCUCUGGUGGCCGUGGUUGCCUCAGCCGAUAAUUUCUAUCAAGACUUUGAGGUUAUGUUCGGCGAUCAACUUGCCAAGGUACUCGAAAAUGGACAACUUGUCACCCUCUCCCUUGACAAAUCCUCUGGAGCAGGUUUCAAAUCCAAGAAUGAGUACUUAUUUGGAAGGUUUGAUAUGCAAAUCAAGUUGCAACCUGGAAACUCAGCUGGUACUGUCACCACAUUUUGUUUAUCUUCCUCGGGUUCAAAUCAUGAUGAGAUUGACUUUGAGUUUCUGGGCAACUCAACUGGGGAACCCUACACUAUCCAUACUAAUGUCUACGCCCAAGGACAAGGGCUCAAGGAACAACAAUUCCGCGUAUGGUUCGAUCCCACUCAGGACUUCCACACAUACUCCGUUGUUUGGAACACCAAGCGCAUUAUAUUCUUGGUGGAUAAUAGUCCAAUUAGAGUGUUCAACAACUUGGAAUCAAUUGGUCUUCCAUUCCCUAAAAACCAACCCAUGAGGAUUUAUGCAACUUUUUGGAAUGCCGAUCACUGGGCAACACAAGGUGGGCAUGUGAGGACUGACUGGAGCCUAGCUCCUUUCACUGCCUCUUACAGAAACCUCAACAUAAACGCUUGCCUUGGGUCACAAGGACCAUCUUGUGCCUCCACAUCUACCAAUAGGUCAGCGGAUGGUGCUUCAUGGGCAAACCAAGGGCUCAAUGCUGCAGAAUGA